AGGUUGAAGGAAGCCAUUAGAAGAGCAAAGUGAAUUCCUCUCCUGCCUCCUCCUCCUCCUCCUCCUCCUCCUCCUUGCAGUUGCCAGAGAGAUAGAGAUGAUGCAUAUUGAUGGCUUGAGAUGGGAGCAUAAUGAUGAGGGAAUGGAGGGUAAGGCAUGAGCUGCCGCCUUUAAUGAUGCUGCCAAGAUAGCACAGUCUGCAGAUCAGAAGGAAGCAAGGAAUAACAUGGAUCUCAGAAGACAUGGCGCAAGCUCCAAGCUUUCGAUCGCUUCUCCUUCUGUUCCCUGUGGAGAGAGUAAAAACGAGGAGGGAGGCAGUGUAGGGACAGAGAAGGUGGCAGAACCAGACCAGCUGGAUCGAGAAGUGGACCGUUGCUACGCCGAUGAGGACGGCGGCGAUGGCUACCGCACGCCGACGUCGCCGAGCCGUAGAAUUCCGGAGCCUCUCUCCUGCCCGCCCGCGCCGAGGAAGUCUAAGCCGCCGCCUUCUUCUUCUUCUUCGCUGAGGUUGAAGAGGAGGCAGAGGAGCAGAGGAGCGGAGGCGGAGGGGAGCGGGAGCUUUGCCAGCUCUAGCCCGGAGCUGGAGGACUUGGCGCCGGCGAGCAAGAAGGCUAGGAAGAUGCUGCAGUGGAAGAGUGUGAUUGAAGAAGAUGCUGCUGCUGCUGCUCCUGUGUUUGAGCUGCCUAAAUGAUCAGAGUUUUUCUUUCUUUUUAUUUAUUUAUUUAUUUGUUUUUCAUUUGUUGAUCUUUCGAUUGGAACUUGGAUUUUGAUCGCGACGCUGGCUGUGGAAGUGAUCGGAUUUGGGUGUGUUUAU